GAACGUGAUAUGUCUUGUGGAGACUCAACUUUGUGUUAACUCCACAUCAAGUGGACCUCUCAUUGACAUCAUGACUACUGGAGAGAGCUGCUUAUGCCAGAUGUUUGUUUUCGAGUAAGAGCAUUUGUUCCGUGAUAGCACGUCUUGGUUCCGUUAAAGGUUUGGAUGGAGAGAGUUUGAUUUAUUAUAGUUGGCUGAGCAGCAGCGUUUGUAUCUUUUAUGCCAAAAGUUGUCUACAUUGUAGCAGUAGUGUCGCAGUUUCAGCCAAGAGAAGAUCCUGUGUCUACGGUUAGCUUGGUGAGCUAGGUAUCAUGGAGAAAUUUGCGGCUGCCAUGGUCCUGGGUGGUGUAGGUGAUGCCUUAGGAUACAGAAAAGGCCGAUGGGAAAGCUGCACCUCCGGCCAGAAGAUCCAAGAGGAGUUGAUGUCUCUUGGGGGUCUUGAUGCUCUAAAGUUGGACCCUGAUAACUGGCCUCUGAGUGAUGGAACGCUGAUGCACAUGACCACAGCCGAGGCGCUCAUAACAGACUUCUGGUGUCUGGAGGACCUGUACCGUGAGCUGGUGCGUCUCUAUGUUGAAGCCAUGGUGUCUCUCCAAGGAAGAACCCCUGAUCCUGCCACAGUGGAGGGCUGUGUCCACCUCAAACCUCACAACUAUCUUCUAGCCUGGCACACACCCUUCAAUGAAAAAGGAUCUGGAUUUGGUGGAGCUGCCAAGACCAUGUGUGUCGGUAUGAGAUACUGGCAACCUGACAGACUCGACAAUCUGGUGGAGGUCAGCAUUGAGACGGGAAGAAUGACCCACAAUCAUCCCACAGGGUUCUUAGGCGCCUUGACAUCGGCUCUGUUUGCAUCUUAUGCUAUCCAAGGAAAACCUCUUGUGACCUGGGGUCGCGAGCUCAUGAAGGUCCUCCCAAAGGCAGAGGAAUACUGCAGAAAGACAAUACGACACAUGGCAGAAUAUCAGGAAAACUGGUUCUACUUUGAAGCCAAGUGGCAGUUUUACCUGGAAGAGAGAGCGAUCGAGAAUGAAGACGAGAACAAGCCCUUGUUUCCUGAUCGAUAUAAUGCUGAAGAGACAGACAAGGUGUAUAAGUGCUGGAGCUCAGAAGGCCGUGCAGGCCGGAUGGGACACGAUGCCCCCAUGAUAGCUUAUGACGCUCUGCUGGCAGCAGGGAGCAACUGGACUGAAGUGUGUCGACGAGCCAUGUUUCAUGGAGGUGAGAGUGAAGCCACAGGCCUGAUUGCCGGCUGCCUCUACGGCCUUAUGUAUGGUCUCAGCCAGGUUCCUCCGGGUCUGUACCAGGGUUUGGACAAGCGACAGCGUCUGGAGGAGCUCGGAGAAGCACUUUAUAAAGCAGCGGCUGCAGAGAAGUGCAUAGAGAAAGCAUAUUCUCAGAAAAGCUGCACUGGCCCUGAUGCCAGUAUCUUGAGGAAGCUGAUUAGAGACCGCAGCUGCCAUCCAGUACUACGUGGGAUUCUGGAGAGUCUCUUGCAGUACCUAAUGCAGGACCUUCCCAACCGGACCACCACAAACAGAAAUAAAGAGACAUCAGGGUUGAGUACACCUGAAGAGAGCAGAAAUGGAGAACAUUGUGUUGAGGGAGUUCCAUAUUCAGUGAAGAAGACUCAACAUUCCACAACUGUUCGGCUUCCUGAAGUUCACAAAAUGUCUCAAAGUAUUACUUCUACUGAGAGUUCUGGAAGGAGUCCUGGAAGAUGCUGGAUAGUUCCACAAAAAGAGACUAUGCCAAAUCAGGAUAAUAAAGUUCAAAUAGCACCGCGAAGGCUUACGUCGUUCAAACUCCUCCAAUCUAAAUUUACACGAUCCAUGCCCAAACCUCCAAUCACACAUCAAAGAGAAGUGGGAAAGUUGACCACCAAAGGAGUCAUGGUGCAUGAUGCGAGUCACAGCCAAGACUGUGACUAUGGUGUACAAAGAAGAGACAGUUACCAUGGUAGAAGACUGCAAGGACCGAAAAGAGACACAAAUGUAAAAGAAAUGGUGCGCAGAUUUGCCAAGGCUGAGCAGAAACAAAGUGGAAUCAAUCUGCAACAGCCAAUCAGGCCGAGACGCAUUGGAAAAGGGGUCUUCAUGUCAUUGCUGUUGGAGACGUUUGAGACUGUGGCCACAGUAUGUAAGAAAAGUGACGUGAAAUGUUGCAAUGAAAGGUCUUCUAGAGUAGCAGUCAAGGUGGGCAGUUCCGUAAAACAGAAAGUAAUGUGUCAUGAAAGGAGACAAAAGCAAGCAGUGGAUCAAACUGUCCACCAUCCAAAAGACCACAAGCAGAUAAAAAGUCAGUUUGUUCCAGAGCAGUCAAACAGAAGUCAAACAUCAGAUAGGCUGAAAGAAAGACCAGAGGAACCAAGAUAUUUUUCAACAAAAGUCUUCUCACAUCUGAGAGUUGACCCCAUGAGGGACAGAUCUUCAGUUCCACAGGCUGGCAUUCAUCGUUCAAUCAACGAUAACAACGUCCAAGGUCAUGAUGAUGACUUAAAAGGCUGUAUUUCCACAGAAUAUAGCGAAAUUCCAACUGCAGUGGAAAUACCCAUGUGCAUUUAUGAUAAGUUAAAUUACAGACAUCCACAGCUGCUGGGUUUACAAUGUGUGACACAAUGGUCACUUCCAGAGCCUGGCAAACUGUCCAUGCAGUUGGAGGCUCCACUGACAUGGCAUUUCCCAACCAUCCUACCUUGUACUUCUGUCUGGGACAUCUGUGUUGAUUCCUCCCCUGAACUAUGUUCUGUGGAAUCAAAAUAUGGAACGUACUUGGAAAAUGUUCCCAAUGUAAAAGAGAAAGUUGUGUGUCAGGAAAGACAGCACCAACAACCAGUGGUUCAAACUGUCCACCAUCCAAAAGACCACAAGCAGAUCAAAAGCCAAUUUGUUCCAGGGCAGUCAAAAGGAAGUCAAACAUCAGAUGGGCAGAAAGAAAGACCAGAGGAGCCAAAAUAUUUUUCAACGAAAGUCUUCGCACAUCUGAGAGCUGACCCACUGGGGGACAAACCUUCAGAUCCACAGGCUGGCAUUCAUCAUUCAGUCAGUGAUAACAAGGACAAAGGUGAUGACGAUGAUGACUUAAAAGGGUGUAGUUCAACAGAAUAUGGUGAAAUUCAGACUGUAGUGGAAAUACCCAGGUGUAUUUAUAGAAAGUUAAAUUACGGACAUCCACAGCUGCUGGUUUUGGAAUGUGUGACACAAUGGUCACUUCCAGAGCCCGGUAAGCUGUCCAUGCAGUUGGCAACUCCAAUGACCUGGUAUUUCCCAACCAUCCUACCUUGUUCUUCUGUCUGGGACACCUGUGUAGAUUCUUCCCCUAAACUAUGUUCUGUGGAACCAAAAUGUACAACAUACUUGGAAAAUGUACCCAACGUGAAGACAGAAGGUCCUCACAUGGUUCUAGAGAGCUCUCACAGGAAGUGGAACAUGGGUGAACCUUCCAUUAAAGAGACAUGCACUGUAACACCUAUAACUGAUGGACUGUUGAUGUACACAGACCAAAAUUUGGAAGAGAGGAAUCCAACCACAACUGUAGCAAAGUACCUCAUCCCAAGGAUUAAUAGAUUUAAUCCUCUAGUUGGUGCUGAUCAUAGCACAGUCCCCUCCCCGUUGGUAACGAAACACACCAACAGUAAAGAUAUCAUGGGUAGCAUCCCAGCUUCCCUCUUUGAUGCCUCAAAGACUCCAUUUAUCAAUGGAUUUACAGAAAAUGGAAAACUUCAAGACAUCCCCUCACAGCUUCCUAAUAUCAAGGUACAAAACCUUUGUCCAUCAACUCAAAGUGAAACAACAGAGAAUACUACACAGAUUAAAGCUGAGAAACACAGACAUGGAAAAGAAGACGAAGGCACAGUUGCAGAUGUUAGACAAACAGGUGCAUCACAAGGCCCUGAAAAAGUUGCCAAGGUUGCAAUGGAAGACAACAAGACCCCUGCUGUUAUGUCACAAAAUCACAUUCAUCCUCAGACAGAAAAACAAAAACAGAGACAGAAAUACACAACAAUAAAUUAUGGGGAUCCUUCAGUCAAACAAGAAUUUAAACCAAAAAUAAUCUGUUUUACUGACACUUUUACUUUCUAGGUUGAUUUUAUUGAAAAGAAAAAGUGAUGCAGUGUCAACAUCAGAAAUCAGUGAUGGACAAAGUACAAUGAAUAUAUAAAUUACUAUUUUAGUAUUGAGCAAUGUUUA